AUGACUGACCUCCAACCGUGCUACACAGAGUCAGCAGAUGUUUGUGACAGCCCGCUGGUGUCUAAUCUGCCCCAUUCGUCAUUCCAAAGCUCCUCACAGCUGUCUGGUAGCCAUGGGCCAGUCUACGCGAAGGUCAACAGGAGGGAAGGUGCUGGAGGGUGGUCUCCUCUCAUCUCGGACAGAUACCAGUGGCUUGAGGUGGACCUAGGGAGCAGAACACGGAUCACUGGUGUUGCCACUCAGGGACGUUAUGGUAGCUCCGACUGGUUAACGGCCUACCUGUUGAUGUUCAGCGAUACAGGCCACAAUUGGAGACAACAUCGUCAAAAAGACAGUUUUGGGGCUCUUCCAGGCAACAGCAAUGCUGACACGGUGGUCCAGUACAAACUUGAAGAGAUGGUGGUCACUCGCUUUCUCCGCCUCAUCCCUCUGGCCUGGAACCCAAAUGGAAGGAUUGGACUUCGACUUGAAAUAUAUGGAUGUCACUAUGCUUCUGAUGUAGCAAACCUUGAUGGCAGCAGCAGUGUGCUAUACAGGCUGAGUGCUCAGUUGAGCCCGUUGGCCAUUUCUCUGAAUAUGAAAACCUCAGAGAAUUGCGGAAUCCUGCUCCAUGCUGAGGGAAAGGGAGCUCACAGCCUCACUCUGGCCUUAGAAAAAGGCAAACUGAUGCUUUUUCACCAACAAGGUUUGAGUUCAUCCCCUGAUGGUCAUGUCCUAACAUCAAUGGGUAGUCUGCUUGACGACCAACACUGGCACUUCGUAAAGCUUGAACGAACUGGCAACCACCUCAACUUCACCGUAGAUAAGAAUACACAGCAAGUUGUCAUACCAAAUGAGCUCAGCCAUUGGGACAUUCACUGGUUGAGUCUUGGAGCUAUCCAAAGCACUGGACCUCAGUCAAAUCCUUUUAAGAAGAACUUCAAUGGCUGCGUGGAAAACCUGUAUUACAAUAAUCUCAACUUGAUAGAAAUGGCAAAACAAAACAAUCCCCGGGUCACUUUGAUGGGCAAUGUGACUUUUUCUUGUGCUGAGCCACUUUCAGUGGCUGUAACGUUCACUGACCCCCAGAGCUUCUUCGAGUUGCCUGGACGCACAGCAGGUUCAUCGGGGCAUAUCAUUAUAACUUUACAGUUCCAGACAUGGAACAAGGACGGAUUACUACUCACCUUUAACAUUCUGCAACAAAACAGAACUCUCUGGCUGUAUUUAAGUGAAGCCAGACUCCAACUACAGAUCAAUGACAGUUUUGGGGCACUGCUCAAUCUCCAUACAGGUUCGGGGCUGAGCGACGGUCUGUGGCAUUCUGUGAAGCUUACCUUUGCAGAAGAUCACCUGAGUAUCAGAGUAGACAACGAUAAAGGAGCGACUGCCCAUACUGCAGUCAUUCCGCACCCUGAUGGGCAACUAUACUUUGGUGGCUGUCCUACACUGGAUAAUAAUCACAAGUGUAGCAACCCCGUUACAACCUUCCAGGGUUGUAUGCGUCUUGUGACUCUGUACAACGAUCUGGUGGACUUCAUCAAGAUGCAACAAAGGCUGCUGGGAAAUUAUAGCCACUUGUGGAUUGAUAUGUGUGGCAUCACCGACAGAUGCUCUCCUAGUCACUGUGAACAUGGAGGAACAUGUACUCAGUCAUGGAAUACCUUCCAUUGUAACUGCUCUAACAGUGGUUACACAGGGGCCACCUGCCACAGCUCAAGGUAUGAACAGUCGUGCGAGGCCUACAAACACAAAGGAAGGACAUCAGGCCAUUAUUAUGUAGAUGUGGAUGGUAGUGGUCCAAUUAAAGCUCAGCUCAUAUACUGCAACAUGACAGACAGAGCCUGGAUGGUAAUCAAGCACAAUAAUACAGACCUGACCACGCUGCAAUCAAGCACCGAGAGAAAGCAACAUUUAGCCCAUUUCCGUUAUGCAUCCGAAGAGGAGCAGUUAGCGGUGAUCCUCCGCCAAUCGGAGCACUGUGAGCAGGAACUGUCUUACUUUUGCAGGAAUUCCCGUCUCCUUAACAAACCAGACAGUAUGUCACUAAGCUGGUGGUUUGGAGGUCAAGCUCCCGGACAGAUCCAAACACACUGGGGUGGAGCUCUGCCAGGCAGUCACCAAUGUGCUUGUGGCCUGAACAACAACUGUUUGGACCCAAAUGUCCAGUGCAAUUGUGACGCAUACAAUGAACAAUGGACUAAUGACUCCGGUCUCCUCACCCAUAAAGAGACUCUUCCAGUACGUUCUCUGGUACUGGGGGGCAUAGAGCCAGACUCAGAAGCUGCCUACAAGGUGGGACCUCUACAGUGUCAUGGAGACAAAAGUUUUUGGAAUGCUGCACUCUUUGAUAGAGAGACGUCCUACCUUCAUUUCCCUACCUUUCAUGGAGAAUUAAAUGCAGACAUUUCUUUUUUAUUCAAAACAACAUCGUCCUCUGGAGUCUUCCUUGAAAAUCUGGGCAUCAAAGAUUUUAUCCGUAUUGAACUCAGAUCCCCCUUUGAAGUGAUCUUCUCUUUCGAUGUGGGGAAUGGGCCACUGGAGCUCCGAGUGGAAACUGGGGUCCCUCUGAAUGACGAACGCUGGCACAGCGUCCGAGCCGAACGAAAUGUAAAAGAGGCAACGCUUCAUGUUGAUGACUUCCCUGCAGUUAUACAGGAGGCUCCUUCAGAUGGCCAAAUCCAUCUGCAGUUAAACAGCCAACUGUUUAUAGGAGGUACAGCUUCCAGACAAAAGGGCUUUAAGGGUUGUAUCCGUUCUCUGCAGUUAAACGGGAUCACUCUUGAUCUGGAGGAGAGGGCAAGGGUCACGCCUGGGGUCCAACCUGGAUGCCCUGGCCACUGCAAAAGCUAUGAGUUCCUCUGUCAAAACCAGGGACUUUGUGUGGAAAGACACAAUGGUUUAUAUUGUAAUUGUAGUCAGUCAGCCUACACUGGAGCCUUCUGCCAUAAAGUGAUUUCUGCCAACUUUAAGUCAUCAACAUCCAUAAGAUAUACCCUUCAAGAGCCCCAUGAACUGAGCCAAAACCGUAGUGCCUUGACUUCAUCUAUCUUUUCUAAAAUGACACUGAAAGGAGAAAAUAUCUCCCUGAACUUCAGGACUACACAGACUCCCGCACUGCUGCUCUUUGUCAACUCAUUCUACAGGCAAUACAUUGCCCUGCUCAUCAACAGACAGGGUGAACUAGAAUUAAGGUACAAGUUACACAACAGCAGAAAUGUGGAGGUGUUUGGAAGCAGUGUCAUGAACCUGGCAGAUGGACGCCUGCAUGCAGUGGCCAUUAAAAGGCGAGGAGACACCAUCUCUAUUCAGGUUGACAAGAGUGACAGUGAGAACUUCCGCUUGACAUCUGAUGUAGAAUUCAACAGCAUAAAUGCAAUUAUUCUGGGAAGAGCACGGGAUGCUGAUAUUGUGGACAUGGAGCUGGCCAAGGUGGCUGCAGUUGGCUUCACCGGCUGUCUCUCAGCAGUUUACUUUAACUCCAUAAGCCCCCUUAAAGCAGCUCUGUUCCAACCUGGCAGGCAUGUAGCCAUCACAGGCCCACUGACACAGUCAAACUGUGGUUCUCUGUCCUCUGCUAAUCCCCAAUCUCCAGUAACAACACAUUCUUUACCAGACCCACCUCCUUCACUGGAUCCAAGUCAACCUUUAGUCAACACCAUCAGGAGAGACUCAGCUGUAAUUGGAGGUGUUAUAGCGGUGGUGAUUUUUAUCACUGUUUCUGCGUUGGCCAUCAUCGCCAGAAUCACCUGCAACAGACACGAGACGUAUCGGAACACGGAUGUAAAAGCAUCACAGCCUGACGUUGUUAACGAUGUCCAUGACGAACCAAACUACCAUAGUGCUCGCAAUGAUAACCAAAAAGAGUUUUUCAUAUGA